UCCAAGUUCCUAUGCAAGCUCUAGCUAUGGAGGCAUCUGCCAAGCCCCUCUGCAAGAGUGGGGUUUGUAACAUCUCCUGCCCUGUCUGCCAAUAAUUAUUUGGUUCCUAUGCCAAUAAUUAUACAUUUUAUAUAUUUUUAGCUUUAAUUAUAUUUACUUUUUUUCUUUGUUCAUCAUUCCUCUUGCAUCUCUGGGAUAUGUGGGAUUAUUUCCCUCCCUCAAAUUUCUUUAUUGAAUUUCUGUAGAAUACCAAACAGAUGAUAUUAAACAUACAGGAAAGAGAGAUGGGCAUGGAAGUAACAUCACAAUGGCUGCCCAAGGAGAACCCCAAGUUCAGCUCAAGCUUGUAUUGAUUGAUGAUGGUGGUACUGGAAUAACUACAUUCAUGAAACAGCAUCAGACUGGUGAAUUUGAGAAAGUGUAUGCAAUAGCUACCUUGGGUACUGAAGUUCAUCUCCUUGUGUUCCAUUCCAGCAGAGGACCUAUUAACUUCAAUAUAUGGGUUACAACUGGUCAGGUGAAAUUUGGUGAACUGAGAGAUGGCUAUUGUAUCCAAGCUCAGUAUUCCAUUAUAAUGUUUGAUGUAACAUUGAGAGUUACUUGCAAGAACGUGCCUAAUUGGCAUAGUGAUGCGAUAAGACUAUGUGCAAACAUCCUCAUUGUGUUGUAUGGAAGCAAAGUGGAUAUUAAGGAUGGAAAGAUAAAAGCAAAGUCAAUUGUCUUCCACUGAAAGAAGAAUUUUCAGUACUAUGACAUUUCUGUCAAAAGUAACUACAACUUUGAAAAACCCUUCCUCUGGCCUGCUAGAAAACUGAUCAGAAACACUAACUUGAAGUUCAUCUCCAUGCAUGCUCUUGCCCCACCAGAAAUGGUCAUGGCCCCAGUCUUGGCAGCACAUGAGCAUGAGCUGGAGGUUGCUCAGAAAACAGCUCUCCCAAAUGAAGAUGAUGUGAAGCUGGAUCCCGGAGUCAGAAGUUUA